ACUUGUAUAUUUAAAGAAUUUGUUACCUGCAAUACUUUUCAUUUUCUUGGUGAUAUUUUGACGUGUGCGUGUGACAGAUCAUCUAUACAACAAAAAUGGGGCUUGUACAGUCCGUAUUCUGUGCUAUGACAUUCUGUGUGGAAAGAAUCUUGACAUGGAUUUGCUGCGCUUUCGUCCUAAUAGCGCUAAUUUUCACACUACUCAUGCUGAUGGUGUAUGGCAUCUCAGUAGGCUAUCACUACGCACAGAAAGAACUAACUGAUUUUGCCUACUUCUCGAGAGCCGAACCAGGGGAGCAAUACCAUUUGCGAACCGGACGGAAAGAAAACGAAAACAUACCCGUAUCCACCAAUAUACCUAACGAAGAAGAUGGUAACUCUUACGAGCCACGACCAGUACUUGAAGCUUACCAGACCCAAAAGCCUGAACAACAGGUUUACAGGCAACCACUAGAAACGCCAAUCGUCCUUCUAGCAACUGAAAGGUCUCAGAAAGAGCAUGACUUAGCAGCUCAUGAGCGUGCUUUAGCGCGCAAACUCAUAGGUCGCUUCCGUCGCUCCCGCAAGAAUAUACCGAAACCGACACGACAUUUUCAUAAGGCAUUCAAACAUUCAAACAGCACCAUCUCACAUAACCAAACAAUGGUAUUUACAUGA